AUGUCCAUUUUCAAUAAGAUUAAGAGAGUUUUUUCAGAUAAAAGCGAAGAGGAAGAAAAGAAAAGCCACAGCGAUAUAGUUAAUAAGGUUAAUUUUACCUAGAUAUAUAACAAAAACGAAGAUUAUGUUCGCAUCGAAGAUAGCAAUAUUGAAGAAAGCAAUAAUGAAACAAGAAUUAAAAAAUUCUAGGAAAUUAUAAAUCAGAGAAUUAUCGAUUAUGAUAAGUUAAAGGCAUUAUCAUGGGAUGGAAUACCUUAAUGUGUUAGGGGAAAGGCUUGGAGAGUGCUCCUGAAAUAUCUUCCCACUAAUAAAGAUACUUAAGAAGCAGUAAUUGCAAGAAAAAGAAAAGACUACAAAGAUAUGGUAGCAACUUACUUAGAAAAUAUUAAUGAAAAUGAAAGGGAUACAAAUGAGUAAAAAGGGCUGGAUUAAGUUAUAAAAGAUGUUGAGAGAACAGUGCCAAAUUCAAAGUUAUUUCGUAAUAAUAAAAUCAAAGAAAUACUCAUUAGAAUUCUAUUCAUUUGGAAUGUUCGCCAUCCUGCUAGCGGAUAUGUUUAGGGCAUGAAUGAUGUUCUUUCUACCUUCAUUAUUGUUUUUGUUGGAGAGUAUUGUGUCUUAGAUUUAGAAACACUAGAUAUUCCUUCAAACUUCGAUAAAUUAACUGAUGAUUAGUUUUCGGAAAUAGAGGCAGAUUCUUAUUGGUGUUUAAGUAAAAUAUUGGAUGGAAUGCUUGAUAAUUAUACAAAUAAUUUUCCAGGAGUUAAAAAGUAAUUCGAAAAAGUAUAGCUCGUCUUAAAGAGGCUUGAUAACGAUUUGUUGGAGCAUAUCACCUCUAGACUUGAUAAUUUUUAUUAGGAAGUAUUUAAGUGUUCAAUAUGCUUACUUCUUCGUCAGUUCUCAAUUAAGGUAGGUUUAAGGUUAUUCGAUACUUAUGUCAGCGAUGACUCUUAAAUAUCCUAAUAUUUCAUUUAUUUAUACAGCGCUAUUAUUUUAAAAUGGUCUCUCAAAAUUAAAAAGCUAAAGCACGAAGAAGAUAUUAUUAACUUUUUUAAAGAACUUCCUACAACAUUGUGGAACGAAAGUGAUUUAAAAGUAAUUUUGGCAGAAGCAUAUGUUUAUAAAACUCUUUUUGAAACUGGCUAAAAGUAUAAUUGA